GUCUACCAUUCGAGCAGAAAUGCCCCUGAUCCCAGUCCCACGACGUCAUGGUGAAACAUUUUGUAUAGGAGGAUCAAUGGUUGUAUAUGUGUUGCGUCAUCGCAUCAAGCCUACUAUUUGGGCUAUAUAAGACACAAACCCAUCGUUCUCGAAUAACAUAUCUGAUAAUCACACAUCUACCUCGUUCUCGUCUACAUCUCAUCUACAUUUCAUCUACAUCACAAUCAUUCAGCAAAUACAAUUCCAACACAGAACCAACAUGUCCGGCAUUAUCCACAAAGUCAAAGACAGCCUGACCGGCCACCACGAGUCCCAUGGCACCAACCAUGGAACGUACAGCGACCGUGAUACCCGUGCCGCUCCAUCUGCCACAACUGGAUACAGUGGUCAGACCGUCCAUACAAGCACCCACGGCCCGCAAACCGCCAAUACCGGGACCACCAACCCGCAAACCGCCCAUACCGGGACCACCGGCCCUCAUAAAUCGAACCUAGCCAACAAGCUGGAUCCCCGCGUCGACUCGGACGUCGACAACCGUGCUCGUCACCAGGCGAUGGGAGGAGCGCAUGGGCCUCACGACUCGACUCUGGCCAACAAAGCCGAUCCUCGCAUCGACUCGGACCGGGAUAACCGUGCCCACCACCAGGCGAUGGGAGGGGCGUACGGAGCUCACGACUCGACUCGGGGCGGUGGCAGUGCAUACAACUCGGGUUAUGGAGCGGGCACCGGUGUGGGCACCAGAGGCACGGGCGUCGGGUCUCAUGACACCUACGGCCAAACCCCCAGUCGUGGUAAUGCGUACGGAAGCAACACCGGCGCGGGUGCGACCAGCGUCACGCCGCACAGCUCCCACCUCGCCAACCAUUUGGACCCUCGCGUUGACUCAGACCGUGGCCAUGUUGCCGCGCUGGCGGAGAGCAGCUAUGCUACCCCCGGAACUACCUCUGCCACUGGCGGCCCGCAUAACUCCAAGAUGGCCAACAAACUGGACCCUCGGGUUGAUUCCGAUCUGGACAACCGUCAGCAUUUCUAAACUGCGCCUUGUUGAUGGUUUCACACUUUUCGCUUCCUGUUGUUCCAUAUCUCUUUUGUCUUUGCUUUUGUCAAUAAUGUGACAUGGAGGGUACAGGCCCAUAUCUUACGAUAUUAUGAGACGGUUACGAAUUAGUAUUGUUGCGCGCGAGAAUGUAUUAUUAGCUCUUUGAUUACAGUGAACCCCCAAUGAAUUUAAAAUUCUAUUCGCAGAAUAACUCCCUGGUUUAAGUCUCACCU